GCCCGGCAGCGUGAAAAGGAUUCUUAUAUGACGACAGUGAUUCGGUGAUGGUUUACACUCGUUGAUAAACAUUUCAGUAGCGUAAUUGUUGGUGCUACCUCGGGAUCCUUCAAAGUAUGUGAAGCGGUCAUCUACCACGGCAAUUGCCAUCUUCAGAGUCGAGCUGAACUCACGAUGUUGCCAUACAACAGCCGGUUUGCCCAGUAGAUGUGACCGGCUCGUACGGAUAACAAGGAUAACAACUACGGUCCAGGCAGUCGAGGGGACAGAAAAAGGCCUCGUUUGGGCCCCUUUACUUGUCACUGAAAACUUCGGCUUGGCUGUAGAACUGAGAGGAGCGUGCUCAGCAUUAAGCGUUUCUCUCUGAGCGCUCGACCGCCACACCGCAGCACUAGGUUUAACGAGUCUCGGGGUCUUCUCCAGUUUCUUGGCAUUUGAGACAGCACAACUGACUGAACCAGCUUUCGCAGCAGGGGAUUCUUCUUCAUGGAACCUUUCCGAAGAAGGCGGACAGGAGUCAGGGAGAACUGAGGUUCUACCCCGGGUAGCUGCUCCCUCCAAACAAAGCAUCGUACACUGACCAGUAGAGCGGGACAGCCUGCCGGCAACCGAGAGUCGUCUUACGUAUCUUGGUGGAAAGAGUUUUGUUCAUGUUUGAGAAAAAAGACUUCAAGAACUGAAAGGUUCGAGGUGCACGCGAAAGAACCCGUGUAUCGAGAGAGAUAGCUUUCUCUGCGGGCGCUGCUGAGGGUGUCCAGUUGCCGCGUCGUUCAAGAAACAGCUCGGCCGACGGUUGGUGAUGUGGAGUUUCCUGAAAAAAGGCGGGUUCUGUGAACCAAGGACUGCACCGUACGGUGUGAGACCCUCAAAAAAGCCAAACAUCACACGAAGAGGGCCGUUCCUUUGCGCAAAAGUACCCGGCCCACAGCUGUCUAGACUGAGGCGCCUCCAAGCACAGUUUCCCGUCCUACGUUGACUUUUUAGUUUCUUGUCUCGCCUUCCGCCUCGGCAGGUCGAAUAGAGAUUGAUUUUUCAAGCGGGAUCGCGGACAGGGCGUGCGCAGUAACUCCUGUGUUUAUGUGAAGCGACGCUGCAGUCGAUGCGUAAGUGUGGAUUCAGCGACACCUCGUCAGGUUACUGGUUUCUUUCUUUUUUCAGGAUAAUAAACUCUUACGGCGUACGGCUGCGGGCGCGCGACAAAUGUAGCGGCUUCUUCGUCUUUCCAUUCUUUUCCAUCCCACCGUCGUGCCGCGGGCCUCCCGAGCCGCGCAGCUGCUCCACUUUCGCCGUCGCCGUUUCCCUUCUCCUUCUUUCUCUUGCUCUCUCCUCUCCGGACCAUUCCCCCGGAGAGAGGCGCUUCGCUACACCGCUGUCCGCAGAACCUGUUGCCCCAGCGCUGGUGCUGGCUGACGCUUCCAGCGUGGACCACUCGACGACGCCCACCAUCGACCGCGAGGAAUCCAGCAGAUCGCGAAAGUCCUCACUCGAGCCUCGGGGAAGUCAGCAGGAGCUCCAAGACUCCGAAAAACGCACUCCACGUCCGGAAGAGUCCGAGAAACACCCUGCGAGUCUGGAAGACCUCGAGGUGCCGCUCGCUGCAACUCCUACUCUCCGAACAGACCGAGACCUGCGCACCCUCCGCCGGCGCUCUGGUCACGGCCAAGUCAGCAAGUUGAAGCGGUCGAAAGCGUUUUUUUCUUCUCUUGUGCGCUCUGACGCCUCUGCCCUCGCAAGUCGGCGCUCGCCCUCCCCGGCUCCGGAGAGUCCGGGUGGCAACGCAGCCACUGUUGUCGGCGGCCCAGGCGCGCCCCAGGACACUCCCCCUCCGCAUCACAGCGCUCCUCACCGAGGUCGACGAGGGCAUCGCCUCUCCCGCGCCUCGGCGGCAGAAGCAGGCGCCAGCCAAGGGCCGGUUUUGGGAAGGAACUUGCAUGCGGCGCUUCACCGCGGGCGAGCGAUUCGUGCAGUCGAAGCCGAGAACGGAGGAGGCAGGGCGGGGUCCACGAAGAACGCGCACAAAAAGGUCGACAGAAGUGUGCAACGCCUGGUUGCACAGGCCGUACGAACCCCUGCGGGGUUGACGGUGGCGAGCGUUUUGGCUGCGGUCCUCGUCGCGUACGUGACCUGGAGACUCUUGAGGGGUCGGGUGGCGGCCUGGGUUCAUGGGAGGAAAGGCGGCGAUGAGGCAGGGCAAGGAAACCUCACGAUUGCCCCGAACGACUGGGUGGUCAAGGAGGAAGGCCGAGGCUCUGGACCAGCGCCGGGGUUGUCCGAAAAACGCUCUGAAAAGGAGGCGACAGGCGUCGAGGAGCAGAAGCGACGCGCGAACGACCUGAAGAGCCUCAGCAUGCGACUGCACGCCAUUCGGGCGCGUCAGGGGAAAAAAUCCACGCGAGAACUCCAGAAAGAAAGUCGCGAGCUCAAGCAAGAGAUCGACGAACUGUACCCCGCACUCUUGCGACUCCGAGCCUCGAACGCGGAGCUCGAACGGGAAAUCGCAGCGAGCGCUCUGGGAGUUCCGGGCACCACCGCCUCAGCAGGCGCCAGGCUACCCCCUUCCACGUACUUCUUCGGGGAUAGAAGCCCUUUCACUCUGAACCUGCCACUCGCUCCGACUCUUCAGGACUUGGCAGGCGGUGUAGCCAGUGUGGCGGGAAAUGUAGGAGACGUUGGAACUCUGGGCCAGACCGGGGCGAGAACUUCUCCCUUGUUGUUUGGCCAGAGUCAACAUACUCUCAGUGAGCAGGGUGCAGGGAAAGCUACUCAGAGUCGAGAUUCCAUUCCUCCGCCUCCACCCUUGCCUCGAGGGUAUAUGGCGAGUUCGACCGACGCAGAGAUCGCUGCGAUGGACGCAGAGAGACGGUUACAACAGGCCCAGGCAGAGAAGCGAGUGCUGUCAAAGAAGCUGGAAACUGUUGAGGGGGACGUCGGUCUGCUGUUAGAGCGCCUCCGUUUGAAUGAGGGCAGAAUGACUGACGAAGCCGCGGUCACCAAAACGCUACGAAAGAGGAACGAGGCGCUUCUGAAAGACGCCCAACAGAAGCAGUCUCACCUGUUGAAAGCCCAACAAAGGUUGGAGACGGUGAAAAACUACGCGGUCGACAUGGAGAGGUACAGCGAUGUUCUCGAGAAAAAAGUCGCGUUUCUCGAGGAGCAACUCAAAGGCCAACCCGAAAACCGCGGAUAGGCAAGAGGGCAAACGAUGUGAGGGUGUAACAGGAAAAAAGAUGGAGCAAAGAAACGCGCAGAGGACGCGCUUGUUGUUUUUUUUGGUGGCACACCCAUGGAAGAAGUGGAAAGAGUGAAGGUGCCCCUCAGGUGACACACGCGUUGUUGUUAGAUGAAGGCGGAGUCCAGAGUUCUGCUUCGAUACACGUAUUCCAGCUGCAGUGGAGAGCGGAAGACGUUUAGACCUUAACUGGCUUUCUGUCGGCACCAAGCGCCACUGUGCUGAGGGAGGCGAGUGCAGACACGGUGCAAAGCACUGACCGAAGAAAUCCGCAGAAAGACACAAGAAACUUUAGAUCUGGAGAAAACCUCGCGUAGUGCGCGGUCCGCGAAUUUGGGCGGACACGCGAGAAAGCGAGGUGCACAGAGAAUCCAGCAGCGACAGUGAACGUUCGGAGAGCCGAUGGAGCGGGAGAAAGCCAGGGAAGACCCCGGAGCUGGAGGAAACAGGUCAGAGGGAAAGUGGAACUUUCCAACUUGUUCUAGAAGAAAGAAUACAACCUCUGAUACGCCGAGGUCAAGCUGACGGUGAUAAACGUGGUGCACGCAGACCGCAGAUACAACGAAGCGACAUUUUCCCAGUGCCCUGUGUUACCAUGUGGAGCAACCGCAACCGCAACCGCAGAGCCACUCACAACAGGUUUACUAUAUGCGAACUUCGUGCUCCGGAGCCUCACGGUUUUUCUCCGGAAACGUCUACAGGUGAAUUUUUGACGGUGGAGUACUUGUGUUAGAAACACUGCCGAGAGCGUACGCAGGUUCCGUAUAAAUGCCCUCGCAGUCUGCUUCUAACGGAGAUCUCUCCAGGAAAAGAGACUUUGAGCACACCGUGAAAAAGCUGUUCAAGAGCGCCAGUGUUGUGCAAAAAAGUCUCUUGUUCCCCAACUCUCUCCAUCCCCUCGCGACAGAUGCUUCGCCGUUCUUGCCGUGGUCCUCGCUUCCUUGAUCGAGCUCUCGCGAGGUCUGUCUUUUCUUCGUCACCCCGUCAGGGAAACGAAGCAGUGGCGACAUUUCGGUCGCUCUCCUUUGCACACUGCGUCGGCUGUUGUGCCGCGAUCUGCCGCAGACGAAAAGUUUUCCCCGCGUCUCACGUACGCGAGCACUGGCGGAGAGAAACACGAAGCGCCGCGCAAGUACGGAGGCCGC